AUGGGUGAAUGUCCCGUUCACAAGCCCGCCAAUGUGGCUGGCCAUGGCACUCGCAACGGUGACUGGUGGCCCGAUAACCUGAAGCUCAACAUUCUGCGUCAACACACCAACGCCACAAAUCCCAUGUCCAAGGAAUUUGACUAUGCCACUGCCUUCAAGAGCCUCGACUACUAUGCCGUCAAGAAGGACCUCACAAACCUGAUGACUGACUCUCAGGACUGGUGGCCGGCCGACUUUGGCCACUAUGGUGGUCUGUUCAUUCGCAUGGCGUGGCACAGUGCCGGCACUUAUCGUGUCUUCGACGGCCGAGGUGGCGGUGGUCAGGGUCAGCAGCGAUUUGCCCCCUUGAACAGCUGGCCCGAUAACGUUUCCCUCGAUAAGGCCCGCCGCCUGUUGUGGCCCGUCAAGCAAAAGUAUGGCGACAAGCUGUCCUGGGCCGACCUGUUCUUGCUCGCCGGUAACGUGGCCCUGGAGUCCAUGGGCUUCAAGACCUUUGGCUUCGCCGGUGGCCGCCCCGAUGUGUGGGAGGCCGAUGAGUCUGUCUACUGGGGUAGUGAGGUUGAAUGGUUCACCAACGACGCCCGCUACAAGCCCGAGAGUGACGCCGAGUCCUCCAAGCAGAGCAACCUGUCCACUCGCGACCCCGAAGACCCUCUGGGCGCCACCGUGAUGGGACUCAUUUACGUCAACCCGGAGGGCCCCGACGGCAACCCGGACCCCGUCGCGGCCGCGCACGAUAUUCGUGUGACCUUUGGCCGGAUGGCCAUGAAUGACUACGAGACCGUCGCCCUGAUUGCUGGUGGCCACACCUUCGGUAAGACCCACGGUGCCGCUCCGGCCGACAAUGUGGGCAAGGAGCCUGAAGCCGCCGGCAUCGAGCAGCAGGGCUUGGGCUGGACCAACUCUCACGGCACCGGCAAGGGCCCUCACACCAUCACCUCCGGCCUCGAGGUCACCUGGACUCACACCCCCACCAAGUGGAGCAUGCAGUACUUGGAGUACCUCUUCAAGUACGAGUGGGAGCUCACCAAGUCGCCCGCUGGUGCCAACCAAUGGGUCGCCAAGACAAACGACGAGAUCAUCCCCGACGCCUUCGACCCCAACAAGAAGCACAAGCCUACGAUGCUCACGACCGACUUGUCUCUGCGUUACGACCCCGCUUAUGAGAAGAUCUCGCGCCACUUUUUGGCGAACCCGGAUGAGUUUGCCGAUGCUUUCGCCCGGGCGUGGUUCAAGCUGCUCCACCGUGAUAUGGGCCCUCGUGCGCGCUGGCUGGGUCCCGAGGUCCCCAAGGAGAAUCUUCUGUGGGAAGACCCGAUCCCCGCGGUCAACCACCCUCUGAUCGACACCGAAGACGCUGCCGAGCUGAAGCGACACAUUCUCAGCUCGGGCGUGGAACCCACCAAGUUCAUCUCCGUCGCCUGGGCAUCUGCCUCGACUUUCCGUGGCGGUGACAAGCGCGGAGGUGCUAACGGCGCUCGUAUUCGUCUGGCCCCCCAGAACAACUGGAAGGUCAACAACCCGGCCCAGCUGCGGGAGGUUCUCAACGCCCUCGAGGAGAUCCAGCGCAAGUUCAACAGCUCUCAGACGGGUAACAAGCGUGUGUCGCUCGCCGAUCUGAUUGUUCUGGCCGGUUGCGCGGCUCUUGAGAAGGCGGCCGGUAUCCCCGUCCCCUUCACUCCCGGCCGCAUGGACGCUUCGGAGGAGCAGACCGACGCCGAGUCCUUCAGCUUCCUCGAGCCCGUUGCGGAUGGCUUCCGUAACUACGGCAAGUCCUCCAUCCGCGUUCGCAGUGAGCAAAUGCUCGUCGACCGUGCCCAGCUCCUGACUCUGACCGCUCCCGAGAUGACCGUCUUGGUCGGCGGUCUGCGCGUGCUCAACGGUAACUACGAUCGCUCUAACCUGGGAGUCUUCACCCAGCGCCCCGGUCAGUUGACCAACGACUUCUUCGUCAACCUGUUGGACAUGAACACCGUGUGGAAGCCCACCGACAGCAACAACGACAAGUUCGAGGGCGUGGACCGCAAGACUGGCGCGAAGAAGUGGGAUGCUACCCGUGUGGACCUCAUCUUCGGUCACCACGCCGAAUUGCGAGCUCUGUCCGAAGUCUACGGUUCCCACGAUGGUCAGUCCAAGUUUGUCCGCGACUUUGUGGCUGCUUGGGAUAAGGUGAUGAACCUGGACCGCUAUGACGUCGUCUACUCUGGUAACCAGGGCCGCGCUCGUCUUUGA